AUGGGUGUUCAAAUACUUCAACAGGCUCAAGGCAUCUCCUUCAUCCAGAACUUCAUCGUCACUUUCAUGCAGCAGCUCGGCUUUCCGGAUCCCCUCCGAACGAACCUCAUGGUGACUGGAUGCAGCUUCGCCGUCCACAUCAUCACUUUCUUAACAUUUGACAAGGUCGGUCGUCGACGUUCCUUGUCUCUUGGAGCCGUUGGACUAGCCAGUACGAUGAUCGGCACGGGAGCAGCGACAGCAACGGGCUCCGCAGGAAACUAUUCCAGUGCGGUUGCCAAUAGCUCAGCGGCGCUCUUAAUAUUGUGGUAUAUGAUUUACGGUUUCACUUGGGGGCCUGGCUGCUGGGUCGUCGCUGGGGAAAUCGGAACUGGUCAGCUUCGAGAAAAGACGCUCUUUCUCGCUUCCAUGGGCAGCUUCGUCACAUCUGUGCCAAUAAACUUUGUCAAUCCCUACGUCCAAGCAAAGCUCGGCGGUGCUGUGACCUUCAUCUACGGAGGAUUAUCGGUCAUUGCAGUGUUGUGGGUCUUUUUCUUCGUUCCCGAGACAAAGAAUCGCUCGCUUGAGGAACUCGAUGAGAUGUUCCAGGCUCGGGUUAAGACUCGGAGCUUCGACAAGUACGUGUCGACUGGCUUGGGCGCGCAGAUCACCAAGGUGGAAGACUUCAGCACUAAGAAAGCCCAGCUGGACCAUACAGAAGAUGCUUGA